UUUUCAUGGUUUGUAGAGAGGUAAGAAAGUGUAUAUAAGGCAGCUGAGAUGUCUAGGGAACACACAGAUCACCAGUCAGUGACCAGAGCCAUAAAUUGGUGCAUUGCCUGACCUUUAUCAUGAACGAUACAGAUUCUAACUUCUCCUGUUAUCACCCAUCUAUUGUGGAAUAUCGUUAUAUUGGUGUAACAUGGGGAAUCCUGGUCUCAAUUGUAGGGACAGUGGGAAAUGUGCUGACUCUGCUUGCAUAUUUUAUAGACAAGAAACUCCAAACACGUUUUAACCUGCUGAUAAUGAAUCUUACAUUGGCUGAUAUUCUCUACUGCGCGUUCCUACAGCCAUUCUCUGUAGACGCUUACCUUCAUCUGUACUGGCGGAGUGGUGCUACCUUCUGUCGAGUCUUUGGAAUGUUGCUCUUUGUCUCUAACUCUGUGUCCAUCCUGAAUCUAUGCCUCAUUGCUGUCAGUCGUUAUAUACUGAUCACAAACAGCAAGCUCUUUGAUCGAAUCUUCUCCAGAAUGGGAGCAACAAUCAUUAUUUUGGGAACAUGGGUGGUGGGCUUUGCCAGCUUUGCACCACUUUGGCCUGUUUUUGUUUUGGUCCCCAAAGUAUGUACAUGCAGUUUUCAUCGAAUAAAAGGAAGGCCUUACACUACCAUUCUUAUGGGAUUUUACUUUGUAGUUGGCCUCAGCUGUGUUGGGGUCUUCUACUUCUUAAUUCACCGUAAAGUAAAGUCUGCUGCUAAGGCCCUGGACCAAUACAAGCUUAAGACCCCAAAGAAAGAGAAAAACAAUAUUUCAGGUGUGAAUUCAACUAUUGCAAAUACAUUUCAAGAGCAGGACAGUGGGGUGGAUACCGCAGCUUCCAGCGAAAUUAUUUCAGAACAAAUUCCAUCAUCAAAGAGUGGAAUCUCUUCCAAGAGCUCAGAUUUUGGAAGAUCACGUCCUGAAACAAGUAUCCACCCCAAGGACCCUGGUUCAGAAUUUAAAAAGGUUACCAGAAUGUGUUUUGUGGUUUUUCUCUUCUUUGUCAUCAGCUACAUUCCAUUUCUACUUCUCAACAUUUUUGAUGCUAAAAACAGGGCACCCCAGAUGCUCCAUAUGAUUGCUGCCAACCUAACAUGGCUUAAUAGUUGCAUUAAUCCCAUUCUCUAUGCAGCCAUGAACAGACAAUUCCGGGAUGCCUACAAGAGAGUUCUCUUUCUUAUCGUCAACAAAAACAGCAGAUUCUAAAUAAAGUCUAAACAAAGAACUUGGUGUUUCUCUAUUCCACUAACUUACUACUGAAUCAGUGAUAAUUAUACUUUUUUAGAAUCAUAAACUGUUUCUCUCUUACAAAGGGUGACUUCAUUGGUCACUAUAGUAUUGGCCAAUCAUUGUGUACAAGUGAUGUUCCCCUGAAUGGAGACAUUAAAAAGACAAUUGCAACAGAACUGAAAUGUGUCAUUGAACCAAACUGCCGCACUGUUUCAUUAUGCAAACCGUAACUAAAUGUAUAUAUGGUAAAUAAUAAUGUAAUUUUUAUAUAUAUAUAAUAAAGAUUUAUAUUUAACUUUUUUAAAAAAAAAA